CAUUUACUUCCUCGACAAGGAACUUUAACCAGCACAACUGAUCAGCUCCGGGCUCUCUUGGAGAGGGUUGAAAGAAGAAAGAAAGAUGCAUUCAGCACUGAGUUUAUCUUUCAUGCUAAUUGCCAUUUCCUCCAAUUUUGCAAUGGCAAUCAAAAAGGAAAAAAGAGUUCCCCAGACACUCUCUAGAGGUUGGGGAGAUGAUAUUACCUGGGUACAAACCUAUGAAGAAGGGCUCUAUCAAGCAAAACAAAGUAAUAAGCCACUGAUGGUCAUUCAUCAUUUGGAAGAUUGUCAGUAUUGUCAAGCACUGAAGAAGGUGUUUGCAGAAAAUCAAGAAAUACAAGAAAUGUGCCAGAAUAAUUUUAUCAUGCUCAAUCUUAUGCAUGAAACAACAGACAAGAACAUGUCACCUGAUGGACAAUAUGUGCCUCGAAUCAUGUUUGUAGAUCCUUCUCUCACAGUAAGGGCUGAUAUCACUGGAAGAUACUCUAAUCGACUCUAUACUUACGAGCCUCAAGAUCUGCCAGUCUUAAUAGAGAAUAUGAAGAAAGCAUUACGUCUUGUUCAAACUGAACUAUAAAUGGCAGCUGUGAGGUCAUCACUUCCCAGGGAAGCAAUGUGAAUCAAGAAGGAUCUUCUGCCAAAGGUGUCCAACCCACCCAGUUCUCUUCUUCCUCUCUGGAAUUUUAUUCUCAACCUGCCAUUAUCUCAGACUAGGCCUAUCUUGCCUGUUCUGGGGGUGGUAGUCACAGAUGCAAAACCCUCAGCUAGUGAGAAGGAAGGCCUACUUUUACCUCAGGAUCCUUCCUUUCCUGGAACAUCAAUCACAAUCAAUCAUACCUUCCUCCACCAGAAGUCUCACUCCACAGGAUGUAAACCUUACUCUAAGGACAUGUUAACAGAGAGCACUUCCAGACAUACAAAAGUUUAUUCGUACAUUAUUUGGUUGUUACCCCUCACAUUCUCCUGCAUUUAUGCUGUCAAUUUUUUACCUGCAGAAAGUACAAUAAGAAAAGUGACAGAAAAUUAACCUGGAAAAUGCAGGAUAACAACUACUAGGGAUGAGUAAGAAUUAGAUUCAGUUCACAUUUAAAGGCAAACCUCCUAAUUUGGACUUUCUGAAACAAUACAUUAACACAGCCAUCCUAUGACAUUCUUACUUCUCUGAAGUUUGCAGUGCAGUUCUCCAGCCAAGUAAUGUGUACAAAAAUGUAUAUACUAGGGGAAAGCGUGCAUAUAAAUGCAUAUAUUUGCGCAUAUAUUAGUGAAAAUAAUACACAAAUACGCAUUAUAUUAUGGAAAUUGCCUUUCAAAAAUAUGUAUAUUGGUGAAAAUGCAUAGAAAUGUGUAUAUUAGGGGAAAUGCAUCACACUAAAAUAGUAAUGAAUUUUCAUGAGGACUUUUUAUUUUAAAAAAUCACAAACGGAUGCAGAAAUGUAGAGAACUGAAUUUAAGAUUGGAAAAAUGAGAAACUGAGAGAAACCAAACUUGACAGAUUAGCCAUCCCUAACAACCACUAGCUGGCAAUGUCAUAUAAUAUCCAUGCAAACAUAGGUUGAAUUCUCAAUAAACAGACAAUGCUGUAGAACUGUGCAAGUUUUAUGCAAGCAUAUCAACAUGAAUGUUUAAUAAUGCAUGGUUAUAUGGCAUUACCUGUCUGGAAGCUCCCAUAGUUUUCAAUAUAGGGCAUAAGAUGCUCUAUUUUAGCACAUCCCAGCCCAACAGGGCACACAGAUAUGUAUCAGUCCAUGCUAGAUUAAAAGAAACCAUUGCAAACCAUUGCAGGCUCUGCAAUCUGCAUAGCUAGAACCUUCCUCAAGCACAGGUAUGUUGGAGAGGAAAAGGGGUUUUCCCACUUUUCCCCUACUUUUUCCAGGAAUGCUUCUUAUGUUUCUGGUUACACAGAAGAAAUCUGCUGCCACAUUUUCUAAUUCACAGGUUGCUUAUGAUUUUUAUUGCAGCAUCCUCACUUCAUUCCGUGGAGGCCCAAACAGAAUAGUAAACUACUCUUUAGGACUAUUGAGGGCAUGUGUGUACUUUAAUUUAGUUAAUUACCAGUCUAAUAAUGCUGGGUAGAAGUGAGCUUCUGUGCAGCGCUCUCUUGAGGAUGUAGCUGCAGUCUUUAUUUGCUAGAAUGCUGUGCAUAAACAAGCAAAAGAUCAAUUUCUUACAAUGCAGUCCUAGGCAAGUUUAUUCAGAAGGCAUUUCCACUGAAUUUAAUAGGACUGAAUUCUUAGUAAGUAGCUUAA